UUGUCAUUACCUCAGAAGUCAGACCUCUGAAAAAUGUACUUUGCAGCGUUUUCCACUUUAUUUUUUAUGUUUUAAUUUACAUAGUGAUGUGAUUUUUAAAUAUAAAGAUACUAUGGGCCUUUUAUGUCACACUAGCGACUCGGCACUAUAUUUAAGUGUGUUUAAACGUGUGCAUAUAGAAUAAUGAUUAAUUAUUUAUAACAAUAAUCGCUGUUUUAAUAAUGGGUAAUCAAAACAGUUGCUGCUGUUACCGAAGUCCGUCCCCGAUUCGGAAGGACAUCGUGAAACUUGAUUACCUCCCAGAAGGUGAAGUGAGUUCAAACAAUUUACAACACAUCAGCGAAAGGGAACCUGACGAUGGAGACAUCGAUCCCUCGCAAGAUCCUAUUGCUGGGACCAUUUUUAUGGAGAGAUCGAAAGCAUCCAUCGAAAAUGGGAUUACAAGAAAGCGUAGUCAGCAUCAAAUAGCAGAUAACAAAUUAAAAAAAAGCAGUUCCUGUUCGACUAUUUACUUAGAUGAUAGUACUGUGUCUCAGCCAAAUUUAAAGAAUACUGUAAAAUGUGUCGCUCUAGCUAUUUACUAUCACAUUAAGAAUAGAACUUCCGAACGAAGAUUGGAUAUAUUUGAUGAGAAACUGCACCCAAUGAGUAAAGAGGGUGUCGGGGAUGACUAUGAUAAGUAUAACCCUGAACAUAAGCAAAUCUAUAAGUUUGUAAGAACACUGUUCAAUGCUGCCCAAUUGACUGCUGAAUGUGCUAUUAUAACAUUAGUGUAUUUGGAGAGGCUACUUAUCUGUGCAGAACUAGAUAUUGCACCUUCCAACUGGAAAAGGAUAGUUUUGGGAGCUAUCCUGCUGGCUAGCAAAGUUUGGGACGACCAGGCUGUGUGGAAUGUUGAUUACUGCCAGAUACUUAAAGAGAUCACAGUGGAAGACAUGAAUGAGCUGGAGCGUCAAUUUCUCGAGAUGCUUCAAUUUAACAUCAACGUACCAUCCAGUGUUUAUGCCAAGUAUUAUUUUGAUCUGCGUACUUUAGCCGAAGCGAAUGAUCUAGCCUUCCCCAGCGAGCCACUGAGCAAGGAGAGAGCACAGAAAUUGGAAGCCAUGUCGAGAGUGAUGGAGGAUAAAAUUGCAGCAGAAGUUAUCAAAAAUGGCCUUAAAAAGUGGUCAAGUUUAGACAAUGUCAAUUCAGGUGCUGGAGUCAGACGCAGUGUGGCCAUAUUGUCUUAAUUGAUGUUUGGAUUGUGUUAAAAAUUGCAACAAGAAAAAUGUUUGUGAACUUGAACUAAGUAUGUAAGUUUGCACUUUGUAAUUUGACUUUAUUUGUAAUUUUGGUAUGGCAUUUACAAAAUGGGAUAUACAAAAAAAAUAUCUAAAAUGAUAAUUUUUUAUGAUUAAACAAAUGCAGUGUUAAGAAAAUAGUAACAAAAUAUUCCAUAAAUCUCACACUGCACUUUGCUUUAAUAAAAAUGCACAAAGAGUAAGCAUUGAAAGGUUUUUUUAAAGAGCUAAUAAAGAUAAGUUCUACCAUGAAAGACUUACAAAAAGAGGUCCAAUAUUUUUUAAAACACCCAUAAAUACA